AUGACCAUCCAUUUUUUCCGAAGGCGCGCCAUUUUUUUUCUCUCUUCUCUCCCGCGAAGGCUCACUUUUAUUUUUAUUCCUCAAAAACUCUGUCCUGUUAUUUUCCUCCUCGAAGACUCUGUCCUGUUAUUUUCCUCCUCGAAGACUCUGUCCCGUUAUUUUCCUCCUCGAAGACUCUGUCCCGUUAUUUUCCUCCUCGAAGACUCUGUCCCGUUAUUUUCCUCCUCGAAGACUCUGUCCCGUUAUUUUCCUCCUCGAAGACUCUGUCCCGUUAUUUUCCUCCUCGAAGACUCUGUCCCGUUAUUUUCCUCCUCGAAGACUCUGUCCCGUUAUUUUUUUCUCCUCGAAGACUCUGUCCCGUUAUUUUCCUCCUCGAAGACUCUGUCCUGUUAUUUUCCUCCUCGAAGACUCUGUCCCGUUAUUUUCCUCCUCGAAGACUCUGUCCCGUUAUUUUCCUCCUCGAAGACUCUGUCCCGUUAUUUUCCUCCUCGAAGACUCUGUCCCGUUAUUUUCCUCCUCGAAGACUCUGUCCUGUUAUUUUCCUCCUCGAAGACUCUGUCCUGUUAUUUUCCUCCUCGAAGACUCUGUCCUGUUAUUUUCCUCCUCGAAGACUCUGUCCCGUUAUUUUCCUCCUCGAAGACUCUGUCCCGUUAUUUUCCUCCUCGAAGACUCUGUCCCGUUAUUUUUCCUCCUCGAAGACUCUGUCCCGUUAUUUUCCUCCUCGAAGACUCUGUCCCGUUAUUUUCCUCCUCGAAGACUCUGUCCGUUAUUUUCCUCCUCGAAGACUCUGUCCCGUUAUUUUCCUCCUCGAAGACUCUGUCCCGUUAUUUUCCUCCUCGAAGACUCUGUCCCGUUAUUUUCCUCCUCGAAGACUCUGUCCUGUUAUUUUCCUCCUCGAAGACUCUGUCCUGUUAUUUUUUCCUCCUCGAAUUUUCUGACUCUGUCCCGUUAUUUUCCUCCUCGAAGACUCUGUCCCGUUAUUUUCCCUCCCUCGUCCGUUAUUUUCCUUCGAAGACUCUGUCCUCUGUCACUCUUUAG